CGAAUAACCCGACCCGGUAAUCCGCAACCCACCGCCAUAGAAAUCACCCGCUUCCUUUUCUAUAUAAUCCCCCAACCAUCUUCUUAAUUUCUCAUACUAAUAUUCUUCGGUCAAUCUUCAAUCUUGCCGUUGAGAGGAGACAGAGAUUUUCGUAAAAUUAUCUUAAUUCAGACGAAGUUCAUGGUUGAUAUAGAAGUUCAGAUCCCAUCUGCUUUCGAUCCAUUUGCUGACGUUGAACAAGAUUCGGGCGGUGGUGCUGGAGUGAAAGAGUAUGUUCAUAUCCGCAUACAACAAAGAAAUGGUAGGAAAAGCUUGACAACAGUUCAGGGUCUGAAAAAGGAGCUCAGUUACGAGAAAAUUCUCAAAGAUCUCAAGAAAGAAUUCUGCUGUAAUGGCACUGUUGUGCAGGAUAAAGAGCUUGGUAAAGUGAUCCAGCUUCAAGGCGAUCAACGCAAGAACGUCUCUGCGUUCUUGAGCCGUGCAGGUAUUGUGAAGAAAGAUCAGAUCAAAAUUCAUGGUUUUUGAAGACAAAGUUUGUUGAUUGAAAGUUUAGUUGUUUUACUUACUAUUGAUGCCUACUAUAAAUUCUUGAAUUCUGUUCUUGUUUUAUGCUGUUUUUAAGUGAUUGAUAUCAUGAGUACCCGGAUGAUGUUCAUCAGUUUGUUUGGUCAUAAUGAAAUAAAAGUUCUCAGUGUUUUCAAUA